AUGAUCAAUGCGUUAUCUGGAAUUGGACGGACGGCAGGCGCGUCAGGCUCGGUCCGAUCGCUCUUUCCCCUCUUACCACCACCACCCAACCUCGACGACGGACCACGAAACCGAUAUACAACGCCCAAAAACCAAAAGUUGAAUGUUCUGGAGGUACAAGUCCCCACAUUCGGAUUCAACAAUGGAUCGUCCAUCGACAGCUUGCUCGACAAGGACGACGUCUCGCUCGAAGCUCUCCUCGACGAAGACGAUUUGCUGCAAGAAUGUAAAUCCCAGAACACCCGUUUGACCGAGUACUUUGCGCGGACGGACGUGCUCAAGAUGUUGCUUGGAUACGUGACUGGUCAGACUGAGAGUGAGGAGAAGGGUCGGUUCAAGUACCCGUAUAUCGCGACGGAGGUUCUGUGCAGCGAUAUAUGGUCCAUCGUUGAGACUUGCCUGCAAGAGCAAGAGCAGUUGCUUGUACCCUUUUGGGAAACGGUGCUCGACCGCCCUCCUGAGGAGAUGAAGACUCUGAUGGUUAUGGCCUCCCAUUUCUCAAAAGUUACGUCGGCGUUUUUGACCAAGAAGCCUGCGGAGAUGAUCUCGUUCAUUCAAAAGCAACCCAAUAUCGUCGAGCGCCUUUUGCAGCAUAUCGAGACUUCGCCGUUUGUCGACAUCCUGGUGCGCAUCAUCCAACUCGACGAGAGUGUAGUCGGGGGCGGGGUACUCGAGUGGUUAUCCUCACAAGACUUUAUCGGGCGUUUAGUGGAUUUGUUGUCGCCUGAACAUUCGAGUGCGGUGCAUAGUAUCGUGACGGACUUGAUCAAGGGGAUAAUCUCGAUGGCUACGCCCUCGCCUACUGCCGGCCUCACCGAUGGCAAUUCCAACGGUCCUGCGUCCAACCGGUUUGCGCGCGAGCUUGCUAAACGCGAGACGAUGACUAAAUUGGUUGGGUUUAUGUUGUGUAAAUUCGAUUCGUUGCCGGAUGAGGAUUCGACUACUGGGAACGCCGCAACCGCCACUACGUCCUCUUCCGACACCACUACCAACACCACCACCAAUAAUGAUAAUAACAAGUCCUCGACGACGACGACAUCGAGUACGGAACCUAAAUUACCGACGAGAGAAAGUGCGACUUCGUCCAUCGUGCACUCGAUAGCGGUGGUCAUCGAGUUGAUACGGAAGAACAACUCGGAUUACUUUGAGCCGUAUCUGUUCCAUACGUUGAGGAAUAGGCUUAUUCAGGUGCAGCAGCAGAUACAUUCUCAGGGGGAGGAUACGAGGCAUGCCUUGGAAGAGGUUAUGAAGGAGAUGGUUAAUCGUAUGGGGGUGGUGCAUCUAGGACCCGUCUUGGAGUUGGCGUGUCAGCAUUUGGAUGAAUUCCACAAGUAUUUGAAGGAGCCUAGGUCGUUGGUUGGGAUGGCGUGCUUAUCCUUGUUCAAGCGAGGUCCGAUAUCGACGACGGUUGGCUCGAUUACGCCGCUCUCACUGGAACGCUACCGGAUCCUCGAACUCCUCGCUGAACUGCUGCACUGUUCGAACAUGUCGUUACUCAAUCGGCCGGCGUCGUACAACCACCUUUAUGAUUCGGAAGGGAGGUUACAAGGCGGUCUGGCUGCACUGGAAGAGCUCGCAGCCGUCAUCGCCAUGAACAACUCGAAUGACCGGGAUACAGAACCGAUGGACGAUGAGGAUGACGAAGACGAUGACGACGACGGUCUCCCCCCGCGAGAAGACUUCCCUGUGCGAAUGGUGACGCACGACUCGCCUACGCUGGACUCGGACGAGGAGAUGGACGCGCCUGGGAGUUCGGAUGAUGAUGAUAUGGAGGAGAUUGCGAUGUACGACGAGCCGCGGGGUGUUUCGAUCGAGGGUGAUGGGCGGAGGAGUCCAGUUCCCAGUUCCCCGCCUGCAACGCCAGGAAGUUCGACAUCCGGUUCGCCCUCGAUGACUAGUAGUGCUCCGACGAUGGAGAUUUCGGCUCCUGCGGAGAACUUGAGUUCGUCGCCGACGUCGACGAGUUCGUUGUCGGAUGAGCCGACGAGGAGGUCGUUGGGGCGGAGACCGCAGUCGUCUAGGCGGAGUUCGAGGAGGAGGACGUUGGAUAGUACGGCUUCGGUGGAGGUGUUGCCUAUUGGGGAGCAGUUGAAGAAACAGUUUUUGGAGAUGAAUUUGUUCUCGACUUUGCUGGACCUCUUCUUCGAGUUCCCUUGGAAUAACUUCCUUCAUAGCACUGUAUAUGACUUGAUUCAUCAAGUUUUGACGGGCAAUGUGGAGAGUGGGCGGAAUCGAGAUUUGGCGAUUUCGUUGUUCAAGGAUGCGAAGAUUAUGCAUCGGAUAGUGGAGGGACAGGCUAGGAAUGAUCGUGAUGUUUCUACAACUAAAGGAGGCCGUCUAGGCUACAUGGGCCACCUCACCCUCAUCGCUGAAGACGUGAUCUCAGCAUUGGAACACUUUCCCCCUGAACUCCGACUAACCAUCAUCCAAUACGCACCGGAGGAGGAAUGGGACCGUUAUGUCAAGGGGCGGUAUAAAGAGACGAAAGCGAAUGAUACAAAGCUGUUGGGAGGUGGGAAGCCGGCUGUUUCGUCGAGGAAUAUGUCGCAGUGGAAGGUGGAUGAGGAUGAGCUUGGGGGUGAGGGGGUUAGGACCAAGUUGUCGCCGGCGGGUGGGGGUGGUGGGAUGAGUGGACAUAUGAGGGAGCAGGCUGAGGAAGAUGGAGGUGGAAUAGGUGCAGGUCCGAGUGGGAGUGGGAGUGGGGGUAUGAAGAGUGAGUUUAGGAGGGUGGCGAGUGGGAGUGAUAGGCCGAGGAAUACGGCGCAUUUCUUGCCGUCGUCGUUGGACGAGGAUGAUGACGAGGAUGAGGAUAAUCAGUUCAAUUCGUCGGAUGAGGAAGAUGAAGAUGAGGGGUGGUUGUCGCAGUCUGCGUUUGCGAUACGUGAACAACCGGUUUCGUCGUUACAUUCGAGUGUGGAUCGGAGACCUUUGAGUGCUGCCAAUGUUUUUGACGACGUUUUCGAGCCAAGAUCUACGACCAGUUCUUCAGACCCAUUCCCUCAAAGUGCAUUCGACGAUGACGGUUUCGGGCCCUUCUCAGAUGCAUCGAAUGCAAGUGGCUCCUCUGCCAGCGGGGGUGACCCCUUUAGUUUCUCCUCCUCAUCCCUCUCUGAAGACAUGGACGACGACCUCGGUUCCUUCGAUUUCGGUGACUUCCAAACAGCGGAAGUGGAAACUGGAACAGGGGAUUCUGAUUUACUUCUUACACCGACGAGUGGUGGGAUGAGUGGGAGCUGGACUUUUACUUCUGCUGCUAGUACUAGUAGUAGUACUACGACUACGACGACGACGACGAGUGGGAGUGGGAGUGUUGUUGCUAGUCCUGGUGUGGCGGGUGGGGAGUUUAAGUUGGAUGGGGAAGUGCGAGGGGAGGGAGGAGGAGGAGGGAACUUGAAGAAGGGGAGCGGUGGUAGUGCUGCCAGUACGAGUAGUAUGAGUGAUUCGGUUGUGAGUAUUAGUGAUGAGGAGGAGCCGGAGGUUGUGCUGGAUGAUCGGGAGGCGUUUGGUGUUGGUGUGGGUGGUAGUGGUAGUGCUGGUGCGGGUGUGAAGGGAGGGAAGGACAAGUGA